AUGAAACACGACUCUAUCGUGAUCGUUGGCGCCGGCGUGAUUGGAUUAAACGUCGCACUAGUACUCGCUGAGAAAGGUCAUGGCCAACACACCACUAUAAUUGCAGAGCACCUUCCUGGGGAUACAUCUAUAAACUACACAUCACCAUGGGCCGGUGCCAACUUCUCUGCGAUAUCUGCGAGUGACGACAACGCCUUGCGUUGGGAUAAGCUUGGAUACACUCAUCUGCUUGGCCUAGCGGCAAAGGAUGGAGAGAAUUCAUUUGUGAAGGAGACAUCCUCGGUUGAGUAUUGGGACGAGCUGCCUCCUGCUACGAAGAUAGACUCUAUGGCUGGGUAUCUCAAAGACUUCAGACGGCUUCCCACUGACGAACUCCCUUCUGGGGUUGCAUUCGGGAUAACGUUUACCACUGUGACAAUCAAUGCACCAUUGCAUAUCAAGUAUCUUCUCGAAAAGCUUACCCAGGAGAACGGUGUUCAGGUUAUCCGCGGAACGCUUUCAAAAAUUACAUCAGGUUUCCUCAGUCCGAGCACAAGGGUGGUUUUCAACUGUACUGGAAAUGCAGCAAAGCAACUAGAAGGAGUACAGGAUUCAAAGUGCUUUCCAACCAGAGGACAAAUCCUUCUCGCAAAAGCUCCCCAGAUUCAGCAAAAUACCAUGAGACACGGCAAGGACUACGAAACCUACGUGAUUCCUCGGCCCUACUCCAACGGCAAUGUGAUUCUGGGUGGAUUCAUGCAAAAGGGCGUCAGCACCGCGGAUACAUUUGGUGAAGAAACGGAAUCCAUUCUGAGUCGUACUAAAGCAAUGUUGCCUGCUUUGGAUUCAUCCAAUACCGAGAUCUUGGGUGCAUUCUCUGGACUACGCCCAUCUCGCCAAGGAGGUGCUCGGGUUGCUAGGGAGGAUUUAACGCCGGAUGGAAUGAAUCGCCAGAGAGUAGUUGUACACAACUAUGGUGCUGGUGGAACGGGAUUCCAAGCUGGAUACGGAAUGGCUGUUGAAGCGGUUGACACUGUAACACGAGAACUCCAAGGAAUUUUCCCGCAAUCACAUCUCUAG